CCGCGCAAUGGCGCCGCCGGGGCCGGGAGCGGAGCCGCGCUUGGCGGGGCCCGGGGGAACGGGGUAGCUUUGAAGCUGGCCCAGAUGGCCAGGCUUUUUCGGAGGGAAAGGAGCAGCUCCCUGGUGAAAGUGGUGGAGACUCUCGGGACACCUGCACAGCUCUGGAGCAAGAGAUGAAGAAGUUCUGCUAUUGAAGCAGUUUGGUCACAGGGGGCUCCAACAGAAAACGUCACCAGGACAACAUCACAGCCCACAGGCUCGAGUUCUGCUUGACAUGGCCAUGUUCUACUAGACCUGCCAUGACGGCAUUUUUUCCCAGUGUUCCCAACUGGAUUCAAGAUGCAAAGCAGGAGGAGGAAGAGACAGGCUGGAAAUUAGUGCCCAGACCAAGAGGUGAAGAAACCGAAAGUCAGGGAAAAUGCCAGUGUGAACUAUCGGAGCCCUCCUUCCCCCACGUGGACAAGCUGAGAGCUCACACGCUUUCCCAUUCGGAGCAGAGGCCCUACAACUGCCCCCAGCUGCACUGUGGCAAGGCCUUUGCCUCCAAGUACAAGCUCUAUAGGCAUAUGGCCACGCACUCUGCUCAGAAGCCCCACCAGUGCAUGUACUGCGAGAAGAUGUUCCACCGGAAGGAUCACCUCCGGAACCACCUGCAGACCCACGAUCCCAACAAGGAGGCCCUGCACUGCCCCGAGUGCGGCAAGAACUACAACACCAAGCUGGGCUUCAGGCGGCACCUGGCCAUGCACGCGGCUGCCAGCGGUGACCUCAGCUGCAAGGUGUGCCUGCAGACCUUUGAGAGCACCCAGGUCCUGCUGGAGCACCUCAAGGCCCAUUCCAGGCGGGCUUCUGGCGGGGCGAAGGAGAAGAAGCACCCGUGUGACCACUGCGACCGGCGCUUCUACACCCGCAAGGACGUGCGGAGACACCUGGUAGUGCACACGGGGAGGAAGGACUUCCUGUGCCAGUACUGUGCUCAGAGGUUUGGGAGGAAGGACCACCUGACCAGGCACAUGAAGAAAAGCCACUCCCAGGAGCUGCUGAAGAUUAAGACGGAGCCAGUGGACAUGUUGGGUCUGCUCAGCUGCAGCUCCUCUGUGGCAGUGAAGGAAGAGCUGAGUCCUGUCCUGUGUAUGGCAUCCAGAGACAUGAUGGGUGGUAAGAGCUUCCCUGGCAUGCUACCCGUGGGCAUGUACAGCACACAUCUCCAAACCAUGCCAAGCUCAGGGAUGCCCCAUUCUUUGGUUCCUAAUUCUCUUCCAAUGGGAAUGAGCUAUCCUCUGGAGUCUUCUUCUCCCAUCUCCUCCCCACCGCAACCUCCUCCAAAGUAUCAGCUUGGAUCUACCUCAUAUUUGCCUGAGAAACUACCCAAAGUAGAGGUGGACAGCUUUUUGUCAGACUUCCCUGGCAGUCUGUCUCUCUCAUCUGGUGAUCCUCAGUCCUCUUCGCCUCAGCCACCCGCCCUGGAUGAGGCUUUGCUUUCCAAGAGCCCUGCUAACCUCUCAGAGGCUCUCUGUGCUGCUAACAUGGACUUCUCUCAUCUUCUUGGCUUCCUUCCCCUAAAUCUUCCUCCUUGCAAUCCACCUGUCUCGUCGGGGGGAUUGGUCAUGGGCUACUCGCAGGGGGAGGCGCAGCCACUGCUCACCACUUUGCAACAUCAACCUCAAGAGUCUCCCGGAGCCGGGGCCUCGCUGAACUUUGGGCCCCUUCAUUCGUUGCCCCCCGUCUUCACCUCCAGCUUGAGCACAACCACGCUGCCACGGUUCCACCAGGCCUUCCAAUAAGCUGGAAAUAGCACUGGAGAACAGAUCUUUCAGUCACCCUUUUGUGGAGAGCCUUAAAAACGCACAACUCUUCCUUCCUUGGGGGUGUGAAAGCUCUGGCAGAGCUGGGUCAGACAGGAGGUUUCUGAUCUCGGAGGGAGCACUUGUAGACUGGAACCUGUGCAAGUCCCAGUCCUGUACAGCAGAAAGAUUUCAGCUGAUAGACUGGAUAUAUUUUAUCUAAUUUUAAAUCUGUGAAUCAGGAGCCGCGCUUAGCACUGACCUUCCCUGAGAAUGCUGGAGCUGUAUUCCUCUCUGGGAAGGGACUGUCCCUCAGAAGGAGUUGAGACUCUUUCAUCCUGGGCUAAACUUUUUGAAGAGUCCAGCUUCCAUUUCAUGUUACCACACUGCAAUUCUGGCAAACCAGCCAACACCUCCACAUGGAGAAGAAGUCAAGAUAGCGCUCUGUAUGAAGCCAAUGGGGAAGAGGCUGUCCUUCCCUGCUACCUCUCAUCCCAUCACCCAACACAGCUUACUCCACAUCAGUGUUAAGCAACAAGCCCGUUUACAUAGUGAAUCCAACUUUGGAGCUGUUAGGAUAAACUCGUUAUGGUGAACACUGUUUACACAACGCAAAUCUGUUUCUGCCAUCGCAAAAAUAGGAGGCACCAGAAUACACUGGGUUCAUCUCUGGUGUAGCUAGAACACUGUUUACACAACGAAGUCAGGUUGCACUGAUUUCUCUUCACUUAUCAUGUUCUUCCCCCAUGGGGAAAUACACUGCUUUUGGACCACUUCAGCCUCUGCCCCUGUAGGCAGCAGCUUCCUGCCUUUCCUCGCUGGCUGUCCUGAGUGAAGGGGAUGGAGCAGCUCUCCCAGCUUAGCUUGGUGUGUGCUGUAUGGACAGAGCCCUUUUAGAUAUCUCCCCCAGGCAAACAGAUCUGGAAACCAAAGCACGUGAGAGCUGGGUGAGGAGCUGGGGACAUCGGGCACCGGCGUACCAGGCUGGGUGAGAGCAGGCUGCAGGCCCUGCUCCAUGGCUUCCCUUGGGACGAGGAACAGAGUAUGAGUUUCUGGGGUUUGGGGUUUUUUAACCACUCAUUGAGGUCAGCACCUGUUUUGGCUUACCCAGGAAGGAAUCUCAAAGGUGUAUUUUAACCUCAAUGGUGAUAACAUCCAAGAAUCAGGGAAAAAUUGCUCCCAGCUUCAUGUACACACUGUCAGUGUAUUUGAAGCAUUUCUCCCAACACCAAUAGUUCUGAAAAAUGCUGAGGUUUGGGGCCUGCAGUCAACUUUUCACUUUGGAUUUGAUUCCACUGGCCUUUUUUGUUCUUUCCUGCUCAAGCCUUGCCUCUUGAAGUUCAAGUCCUGCUUCCCUUGCUCCCUGCCCUACCUCUUCAACUCUUCCAUGGGCUGUCUACCUACCAGGGCAGAAGGGUUAUACUGGAAGUGGCAGCCAGCUGCUGGUGUCAUUUAGCACCUGUAUUGUCUCCUGCUCCUGUUUUCCUGGGCACUUACAGUGCAGAUGGGGAAUAUGGAGGUCACUCUGCACUGGUGCAUGUUUAUGGCUAUGGACAGGCAGAUCUUCAUACCUCAGCAUGGAGGAACCAUUGUAGGCCAAUAUAAAGCAGGAAAUCUGUCAAUAUUGUUCUCCAUAAAUCUAGGAAAUGCAAAAUCUACCUCUACUCUGUUAUCUCAGCUCCUUGGGUGAAGCCAGAUGCUGUCCUCCCUUGUCUCCCCAGAGCACAUCCACCUCAGUUGAUGCAGAUUCCUUCCUGCUGAGCCGUGAUCCCACUGUGUGACAUCAGCUGUGCCUCUUUUGGUCACAGGCUUGUCCCCCUUCCAUUUUACUCCAGAAUUUUAUUUUUAAUUUAGCUUAGUAAUUCUUCCCAGAAUGACUUUUUAGCAAUCCAUUGAUUCUCCAGAACAUAGAUCGGUUGUUUUAGGUUAGCCAGCAAUGCUGCAAAUAAGACUUUUGUAUCAAAAUGUAAUAUAAGAUUUAUUUACCUCAGCAAUAUCCUGUGGCAAUGAUCUCCCCGAGUUGAAUGCAGUACUUUUUCCUUUUCUCCACUGGAAAAUGUUGCCUUUCCAAGUCCAACGAGUGCCUUCUUGUUCUCUAACCUAGCAAAGGUAAACAGGGCAUUGCAGCCAGUCUGUUUACCAGCAUUGAAUACCUCAGGCCUGUCUUCUAUUGCUUUGCUCUUUGCAAAUUAAAGAGUUUCACACUGUUAUCAAUUAUAUGCAAGCCUUAUCCCUGUCUUCAGUUGAGAGGAUUAUUAUUUUUUGAGAAAUAAAUGGUCAGAACUGAUCACUCACUGCCAGUGAGGAUUAUCAGAUUUAUGCAAUGCCAUCACACGCCUUCUCCCACUGCAGAACAUUCAGCUUUUUUGCUUCCUGCCUGCAUUGUACUCUGAACAGAUGUCAUCACUGGAAUUCCUUUAGCAGUGGUAGCUAAACUUAGAGCCAGGCAUCUUUUUCCUACCAGUAGUCUGUCAAAGAAUAAAUGGAAUUCAUUUUGCUAUGA